AUGAGCCCUGACAUCUGCAACAAGUGGCCCCUGGAGUUCACGUCUGCUGCUGCGGCACAGGGCACGAAAAGACCAAGGCCGGGUUUUGAAGUCAUGGAGAAGCCACGGAGCCAUCUUCCCGUGGAUCCACCACCUGCAGGAGGAUCAGACAGGCAGGCUGUGGUGGCCAGGGGAGCCAGCCGAGCGCUGAGUGGGCUGGAAAGCGUGACAGCCGGUGGACAGGAGGAGGAGUACAUGUGGGAGGACACUGACUGCACAAAUAUGGAAGCUGGUGGACGGACUGCAGCCACCGUCUUGCCACGACCGAGCUUUGACCGGCCAGAGGAGCAGAGGAUCAGAGGAUCAGAGGAGCAGAGGAGCGGAGGAGCGGAGGAGCAGAGGAUCAGAGGAUCAGAGGAGCAGAGGAGCAAGCGCUGUCUGCUCCUGACGCCCACACGCUGCCAGGGAAGCAGCCGUGUCAACAGCAAUGCAUAG